GAAGAAAAAAAUGAAGAAAAAAACAUAAAAAAACAUCCUUUCUUCUCCUAAAAUCAAAACCAUUCAACCCAAUCCACUGACGAUGAGACCCCCUCUCUGGAAUUCUCUCUUUCCAAGAAGGAGAGAGAGAGGGAGAGUGAGAGGAGGAGAGAGAGAUGCACUCCUCAAAUGGAGCGAUCUGCCCCCUCUCCGGAGGCUGCCACGUGGCAUGCAGGGAGUGGACAGAAGAGUCAGGCUCCCACAAAGAGCAGAGACCCUGCCAAGUCACUAUCAACCCCUCAACGAUGGUUGUAUCUCGUCCUUCGACUUCGGCCCCGAAUCCGUAUCUUAUACCCCUUCUAUUUAUUCAUUUUCUCAUUCCUCUCCUCUCAUUUCUUUCAUUCCUCUCUCCUCUCUUCUCUCUCUCUCAUCUCCCCAACCCUAAUCCCUCUCUCCCUCUUUCUCCAUUCCUCCUCAUCACUCGAUCCCCACCUACCGUAUCUUCCGCCGCUGAAUUUCUCUCUUUCCUGCUGAAAUUGUAGCUGAAGGAGAUGUAGGAUCAGGGAUCCGAAGAUGAGGGAAAACGGCACUGUGCAUGGUAAAAUGAUUGAUAGGAAUUGGGUCCUGAAGCGCAAGCGGAAAAGGCUUCCAAGUGGAUCAGAUCUAUUUAAUGGGAAAGAAGGUAUUUCUCAACCGUUGGAAUCUCCAAGGAACAACUCUUCUGCUAAACGGAGACUGAAGGGUGACUUCAACAUGUCACAAUCUGCACGCAAGAAAAAAGGAAAUGAUGGGUACUACUUUGAAUGUGUAAUCUGUGAUCUUGGUGGCAACUUGCUGUGUUGUGAUAGCUGUCCAAGGACCUAUCAUCUCCAGUGUCUUACUCCACCACUUAAGCGCACUCCUCCUGGGAAGUGGCAAUGCCCAAAUUGUAGCGAGCAAAAAGAAUCUGUAAAACACUUUAGUCAUCCAGAGACCGUUUCAAGACGAGCAAGAACUAAGAUUUAUAUUGAAAAAUCCAAGCCUGGAACUAAGCCAUCCGGCUCUGACAAGUUAUCUCUCUUCUUUCGAAGCUCCAUUCCAGGAAAGAAUAGAUCAUCAAGCAAAGGAAAACCAGCCUUUACUCGUGCUGUUCUACCCGUUGAAAAGAAGCCAGAGUCCUCCCAAAUAAAUUCAUCUUCUAGCCCUAAGGCAAGCCACUCAUCUGAUGACGAAUCUACGGAGGAUAUUUCAACAAUCGCAGAUAUCGACAAUGUGAGGAAAAUUGGCUUGCCUCGCACAGGUGGAUCUUCAGACAAGAAAUCAAGUGCUCAUGAGGAAGCAAAGACUUCUGCUAAAGCUUUAGAAACAGAUUCGAAUGAUGAACCUUCUGAAAUGAAGUCCGAGCUCCCAUGUAACAAUGGGUCUUUAGUAAAGAAGCUCAUUCUGCCAUUGGGCCAUACUGCCAAAAGGGACAGGAAAAGGAAGAAAAAAGUAAACAAGGGAGAUGAUCAGAAGAAGUCUAGGAGUGAUAAGGGAAAAUGUAUUCUAAUCACGGCAGCUCAACGUGGGUCUAAGGCAUCAGCCUCUGUAGCCCCUGAAACCAGUAGACCCCGUAAGAAACGCAGUUCAGUCAAUAAGCGGAUUUCAAUAUCAGUGUCGAAGGAGGAUCGUGGAGUACGGACUUUGCUAAUUCGGGGACAACAUGAGAAGUUCAUGAAAGAAGCACCAAACUCAUCACGUGGGUUAAAUGAACUAGGAGUUGAAGUAGACAAAACAACACGUGAAGAAAAUGCUCAGGAAGAAGCACAACAGGUUGAUCGCAUCCUGGGGUGUCGAGUGCAAAGCAUCGAUGUUAUGUCUUCACCUCAUGUUCAACACAUCGCACUUGCAACUUCCCCAGCACAUUCUGAGCCCAGGAGCCAAUCUCCAAGGCUUACUGGUGGUUCGGCUUCUCCUGAUUUACUUAUCUUGAGAAGUCAUGAUGGAAUAUCGGAAGACCAUUCUGCUGGCAUAAAAGCUUCGGAUGUGGAGGACAAUGAAACUCUCCAAGCUGCUGGACCCCAGAAUAUCACUGAUCGAGUUGAUGGAGACAAAAUUGGAGAGGAUGAUAUUGGACUGGAUAAAGUUGAUAUGGAAAAAUCUUUCAUGGAUCUCAAUGCUUCCAAAAGUGAAAUUCGAGAAGAAUCUGCUUUAAGUACUAAAGAUGCUGGAGAACUUGCUGGAAAGGUAGAGACAGAAGAGAAAGCUGAUGUUCCACUUAAUGAUGCAAUCCUAGAGACAAGGCAAAGUGCCACGGGCAAAAAUGAGACACUGGACGCGGUAUUGAAGGAAUCUGUGCCAACAGUCAAGGAAAAUGUCUUAUAUGAAUUUUUAGUCAAGUGGGUGGGGCAGUCUCACAUCCAUAACAGUUGGGUUGCGGAAUCCCAUUUGAAAGUUUUAGCUAAGAGAAAGUUAGAGAAUUACAAGGCCAAGUUCGGAACUGCCGUGAUAAAUUUUUGCCAAGAACAGUGGAAGACGCCACAACGAGUUGUUUCUCUUCGCACUUCUAAGUCUGGUAAGAGUGAGGCUUUGGUUAAAUGGUAUGGUCUUUCAUAUGAUGAAUGCACCUGGGAAAGCUUAGAGGAGACAGUCAUUGAAAGAUCUGAACAUUUGAUUGCUGAAUUCAAGAAGUUUGAACGCCAAACACUGGAUAAGGAUGCUUCUGGGGACAAUUUGCCGAGGACUCAAGGUGGUCAACAAAAUGAAGUAGUUCCUCUCAUAGAGCAGCCUGAGUAUCUUAAAGGUGGCUUGCUGUUCCCACACCAGUUAGAAGCAUUGAACUGGUUACGCAAAUGCUGGCAUAAAUCUAAAAAUGUGAUCCUUGCUGAUGAGAUGGGGCUUGGGAAAACUGUAUCUGCCUGUGCUUUCAUUUCAUCAUUAUAUUUCGAGUUCAAAGCCAGGUUACCUUGCCUAGUCUUGGUUCCUCUUUCCACAAUGCCUAAUUGGCUUUCCGAGUUUUCAUUGUGGGCCCCACAUUUGAAUGUUGUGGAGUAUCAUGGAAGUGCAAAAGCAAGGUCGCUAAUUCGCCAAUACGAAUGGCAUGCAAGUGAUCCGAGUAGGCCAUUUAAGAAAAUGACAUCAUAUAAAUUCAAUGUUCUCCUGACUACCUACGAGAUGGUGCUUGUGGAUGCAUCCCACCUCCGUGGAGUUCAGUGGGAGGUUCUUGUGGUUGAUGAGGGACACCGUCUUAAAAACUCGGAAAGUAAGCUUUUCAGUAUGCUUAACAAAAUUUCUUUUCAACACCGUGUACUGUUGACUGGGACUCCUCUACAGAACAACAUCGGCGAGAUGUACAACUUGCUGAAUUUCUUGCAGCCAGCUUCAUUCCCUUCUCUAUCAUCAUUUGAAGAGAAAUUCAAUGAUCUUACUACUGCAGAGAAAGUUGAGGAACUGAAAAAGCUUGUUGCACCUCAUAUGCUUCGAAGGCUUAAGAAAGAUGCUAUGCAAAAUAUUCCCCCCAAGACUGAACGCAUGGUUCCAGUUGAAUUAUCAUCCAUCCAGGCAGAAUACUACCGUGCAAUGCUUACAAAGAAUUAUCAGAUAUUGCGAAAUAUCGGAAAAGGGGUUGCUCAACAGUCGAUGCUAAAUAUUGUCAUGCAACUACGAAAAGUAUGCAAUCAUCCAUAUCUCAUACCGGGAACCGAGCCAGAAUCUGGGUCGGUAGAGUUCCUCCAAGAAAUGCGAAUAAAGGCAUCAGCAAAGCUGACUUUGUUGCAUUCUAUGCUUAAGGUAUUAAGUAAGGAAGGUCAUCGUGUUCUCAUAUUUUCACAGAUGACGAAACUUCUUGACAUCCUUGAGGAUUACCUGACUGUAGAGUUUGGGCCCAAGACAUUCGAGAGAGUGGAUGGUUCGGUGUCAGUGGCGGACCGUCAAGCAGCGAUUGCACGCUUCAACCAAGACAAGUCUCGCUUUGUCUUCCUAUUAUCAACACGAUCUUGUGGUCUUGGGAUAAAUCUGGCUACUGCUGAUACUGUGAUAAUUUAUGAUUCUGAUUUCAACCCACAUGCUGAUAUUCAGGCAAUGAAUCGAGCGCAUCGGAUUGGGCAGUCUAAAAGACUUCUGGUAUACAGGCUUGUUGUACGUGCUAGUGUUGAGGAGCGUAUCUUGCAACUUGCCAAGAAGAAAUUGAUGCUUGAUCAGCUUUUUGUAAACAAAUCAGAAUCUCAAAAGGAUGUGGAGGACAUUCUACGUUGGGGAACAGAAGAACUUUUUAGUGAUUCUGGUGUAGCUGGAAAGGAUAUAAAUGAAAAUUCCAGCAACAAAAGUGAGGUCACUGCAGAGACAGAGCAGAGGCAUAGGAAGAGGGGUGGUGGCCUAGGAGAUGUAUACAAAGAUAGGUGUACUGAUGGAUGCACAAAGAUUGUGUGGGAUGAGAAUGCAAUUUUGAGAUUGCUUGACCGUUCAAAUCUCCAGUCUGGACCUGCUGAAAGUGCUGAUGGAGAUUUGGAGAAUGAUAUGCUUGGCUCCGUGAAGUCAGUGGAAUGGAACGAUGAGCCAACUGAAGAGCAGGGUGGAACUGAAUUGCUCCCUAGUAUGACCAGCGAUGUCUGUGCACAAAGCUCUGAAAAGAAAGAGGAUCACACAAUCAGCAGCAACGAGGAAAAUGAAUGGGACCGACUUUUGCGAGUGAGGUGGGAGAAAUAUCAGAGUGAGGAGGAAGCAGCUCUUGGUCGAGGGAAGCGCCUCAGAAAAGCUGUUUCGUAUAGGGAAGCAUUUGUUCCGAUACCAAGCGAAGCUUUGAUUGAGACUUGUAAUGAAGAGGAGCCGGAGCCAGAACUAGAGCCAGAAUACACGCCUGCUGGCCGAGCUCUAAAAGCCAAGUAUGCUAAACUCCGUGCCCGACAAAAGGAACGGAUUGCUCAGAGGCAUAUAGCUGAAGGACCCCAUUUCAUCGAGCACCAGCUUGAACCCAAGUUGCCACCCCAAUUCUCUCCCAUGCCUACUGGAGAAGGGGAGAGUCAGCAUAUGAUCAAACCAAUUGAACCCAUUGAAACUCUCAGAGACCAGGCUCCUGUAAUCGACUUGGAGGAAAACAAACUAAAUCAGUCAUCUGCGGCACCCAAGAAAAGGAGUGACUCAAUCAUGAGGCUAGGAAGGUUCUCGAAGCACGGAUACAAAAGCUUCCAGAAUUCUAAUCUGGAUCUUUCCGUUAGACUACCUGGCUCUCUUACGCCAGAUAUGUUCUUACCAAGCUCCCAGUUCCAAACUUCAAGUUAUGGGGAUUUGGCCUCUACUAGCAACAACCUACUGCCAGUAUUGGGGCUGUGUGCUCCCAAUGCUAGUCAAGUGGAUUCAAAGCCCAGGAACUUCCGGUCUUACCUGAACCUUCCUAGAUCAAAUUGUGGGCAAAGCAAAACUGACGUUGGGGUGCCGGAAUUUCCAUUGCGGCUAGCCCCUGGUGCUGCAACUUUGACUGACGAGCACUUAAAAGCUCCUGAGACCACUGCUGAUACAUCUAUGUUGCCUGAUACAUCUUUGGGGGCUUUGCAUCAUCGACUGAAAAGCACCAUCCAGGACAGCAGCUUUCCAUUUAGCCAUGUUCCUUACAUGUGGGACCCAGGGUAUGGUGAUCCAGACUGUGGAUCAGGAGUGCUCAAAGUCUCCCAGUUUCCUCCCAUAACCUCACAAGGAACGAGUUCCGAUCCUCUUGACCGUUCAGGCGAUGCAUUCUCAGCUUUUCAGGAAAAAAUGGCACUUCCCAAGUUGGUUCUUGAUGAUAAACUUCCUCCUAAAUUCUCCCUUCCAUCUAAAGAUGUGUCCAAGUCCCACCCCGACCUCGUAGCAAGCUUAUCACUAGGUAUGAAACGCGAGGAAGCUGCAAAAGAUUCUGUUCAAGAUCUGCCAAUGAUGCCAUUGUUGCCAAAUUUCAGAUUGCAACCAAAUGAGAAUCCGAACCAAAAUCUGCAAGCGAGAGAUCUACCUCCCCCCAUGUUGGGUCUGGGUCAGAUGCAAGCGACAUCUUCUUCCUUUCUGCCGGAAAAGCACAAGAAGGUUCUUGAAAACAUAAUUAUGAGAACAGGAUCUGGAGCAAACAGCUUACUGAAAAAGAAACUAAAGGUGGAUGCAUGGUCAGAAGAUGAACUUGAUGCCCUUUGGAUCGGUGUCCGUAGGCACGGACGGGGUAAUUGGGAAUGCAUGCUCAGGGACCCCAAACUGAAAUUCUCGAAAUAUAGAACUACUGAAGAUUUGUCAGAAAGGUGGGAGGAAGAGCAACUCAAGAUCUUGGAUGGGCCAGCUUUCCCACCACGGAAAUCCAUGAAGUCCACGUUAUUCCCAGGCAUCUCCGAUGCAAUGAUGACACGAGCGUUGCUUGGAAGUCGAUUCACUGGCCUUGGGCCUGAGCACUGCACUCCGCCCAAGUUCCGCUCUCAUCUGACAGACAUUCAGUUGGGUUAUGGAGAUUUACCAUCCAGCUUGCCACAUCUCGAGCCAACUGAUCAUUUUGGCCCAAAGAAUGACCAUAUCUCUCCUAUUCCACGUUGGAAACCUGAUAAGUUUACACCAAGAUUCACUGGGGAUUUUCCUGCGGGUCCCUCUGAUAGAGCAGGGGAUCCGAAUUUGCCUUUGGACCAACCAUUUCUACCCAAAUCACUGGCAGGCAGCAGCGUGGAUUCUCCCAAUUUGAACCGCUUGAGCAGUUGCGAUUUACAGCAAAAGGAGGAACACUAUGCUAGCAAGUACCUCAAGUUACCGAGUCUUUUGGAUAAAUCUCUGAAUUGGUUACGUGAUACCCAAAAUAAUGCUCGCAGUGGUGAGUCAAGCAGUGGGAUUGUUCCCAAUCCCAAUACAAGGCCACAUUCUGGUCAUUCUCGUGCGAAGGAUGAUAUUGCUGGUAGUUCAACAACAAACAAGCUCCCCCAUUGGCUUCGGGAAGCGGUCAGUGUUCCGGCUAAGCCCUCAGAACCUAAGUUGCCACCUACUGUUUCAGCAAUCGCUCAUUCUGUCCGCUUGCUCUAUGGAGAAGAGAAGUCCACAAUCCCUCCAUUUACCAUCCCCGCCCCACCUCCUUCCCAACCAAAGGAUCCAAGGAGAAUCCUGAAGAAGAAGAAGAGGAUGUCACGGAAGAUGAGGCAGUUAAAGCCGGACAUUGUCGCUUCAAGCAGGAGGUUUCAGAGCAGCCUGCUCGGUGACAACAUCGCUUUGAGCUCCUCCAUUCCGCCAGCCCCACUGUUUCCACUGCUCCCACCAUCGACCUCCGGCACAUUGGGCUUCCCUUGGAUUGAACCGAACCUCAGCCUUUCCUCUCUGAAUCAAAAUAUGAUGAACUCUCCUUCAUCAUCGUCAUUCCUGAAUCCCCGCAAGAAAGGCAUGAUGAUGUCGCCAUCCCCCGAAGUUCUUAAUUUGGUAGCCUCUUGUGUGGCUCCGGGCCCUAGCAUGCCGAGCUCGAGCUUCCCCCGGACUGAGCUGCCUGUGACGAAGCCAUAUGAACCAUUUGAACCGAUUGGCAUGGUGGGAAGCCCUGAUAUGAAAGGUCUGCGUGGGAAAAGGAAGGCCAGGCGGGGCUCCCUUCUCGGUAGUUGGGGGCCGCUUCCAGAGGAGCGGGUGGAUCGGGUGGAUAGUGGGGACUCAAGCAAGACUCAGUCGGAUCCUUUUCCGAUCGACCGACCUGAGAUAGAGGAGAUAUCUUCAGAGGAGACUGUAUCAGAUGAUCGACGGAGUGAAAAUUAGUAGACAUUCUUUUCCAUGCAAUUGCCUAGCUUUGGAGUCCCUUUGCACAUGUGCCAUUUUUGUAAGCAUGAUUCAAGAGUGUUAAGUAGCAGCAGUUGAAUCAUUUGGACAUAUCCCUUGUGUAAAUCUUCUGUAAGAGAAAAGAAAAGAAAAAAAAUGAGAAAGAUAUGAUAGUCCUUGCCUGAUUGGUAUUGCUC